GAUGGCAGGGAAAGGGUUGCACAGUAGUGCUCUGCAGGGCUCUGUAAGCGUGGGAGUUGAAGAGCAAUGCACGGAUGCUCUGCAGGUCUGUGGUAGGAGGAUGAUGCAUGAUGCUCUGCAGGUCCCUGGCAGGGAAGAUGAUGCACAGGGUUCUCGGCACAUCCCAAUGUAACGGAGCAGCACAUCCAGGGAAUAAGCCAUCAGCAUCAGUUUAAACAGAUUAAUGGAGCGUCCUGUAUCCCGGCAGCAAGUGAGGGUCUCUGUGGCUUGAAUGAUGUCAGAGCAGUGCAGGGGAGGGAUGAAGCCGUAUCCCUGAGAAUAUCCGGAGCCGGUAAGUCAUCCGGCUCUUGUAUCCAUGGCAACUAGAGGCGGAUACCUCUUCCCACCCUCAGCCCUCCUUCUUUUCCAUCCUUCACUCUCGGCUACCCCCCUCCCCACCAUGUAGAAGAUGGCUGGUCCCCUUUUGCUGGAGCGGCCUGGAAGGAAAAUUCAGACGGGUUCACCAUCCGUACAACUGCCCGCCACUGCAGCCUCCUCUGGAGUCGCCCCCGAGACCUGGAAGCUGAGCAGAUUGCCAGUAUCCAUGGAAAUGGAGCAGCACAGAAUGAAAAGGGCCCGCUGACCAGGGGCUAGUUGGAGCCGGCCUCCAACAUGGCUAAUGGCAGCGAGACAGAAGAGCUGUCCGGCUCCCUUUCACAGUCGACUGUGAUUUCCACGCACCUCAAGCUGGUACUUUUGGGAUUUAUUAUUUGUGCCAGUUUGGCAGGCAAUCUCCUUGUUUCUCUGCUGGUGCUCAAAGAUCGAUCCUUGCACAAGGCCCCAUACUAUUUUUUGCUAGAUCUCUGCCUUGCUGAUGCUGUACGCUCCUCCGCCUGCUUCCCGUUUGUCCUACUUUCUAUCCGCAAUGGCUCGGCUUGGGCAUACAGCCUGCUAAGUUGUAAAGUUGUUGCCUUCAUGGCUGUCCUCUUCUGCUUUCACGCCUCUUUCAUGCUCUUCUGUAUCAGUGUCACACGCUAUAUGGCAAUUGCGCACCAUCGCUUCUACUCUAAGAGAAUGACACUCUGGACGUGCAUUGCAGUUAUCUGUAUGGUCUGGACACUGUCAGUUGCCAUGGCAUUUCCCCCGGUCUUUGAUGUUGGAACCUACAAGUUCAUCCGUGAAGAAGACCAGUGUAUUUUUGAGCACCGCUAUUUCAAAGCCAAUGACACUCUUGGAUUUAUGCUCAUGUUAGCUGUGCUCAUAGUUGCAACUCAUAUAGUCUAUGCCAAACUGCUCCUAUUUGAAUAUCGCCAUCGCAAAAUGAAGCCAGUACAGAUGGUGCCAGCAAUCAGCCAAAACUGGACAUUCCAUGGGCCAGGAGCUACUGGGCAGGCAGCAGCUAACUGGAUAGCCGGAUUUGGUAGAGGGCCAAUGCCACCGACUUUGCUGGGAAUCCGUCAGAACACCCAUACUGCCAACAGGCGUCUUUUGGGAAUGGAUGAGUUUAAAAGUGAGAAGAGGUUGGGGCGGAUGUUUUAUGGAAUCACUCUUAGCUUCUUGGUGCUUUGGUCACCCUAUAUUGUGGCCUGUUAUUGGAGGGUAUUUGUCAAAACCUGCAGCAUUCCCCAUCGUUACUUAUCCACUGCAGUGUGGAUGACAUUCACUCAGGCUGGGGUCAACCCCAUUAUGUGUUUCCUUCUGAACAAAGACCUGAAGAGCUGCCUACAGCUUCACAUCCCCUGCUGGAGGACGAAAGCAUUGCUACCCAGAGAGCCUUACUGUGUAAUGUAAGAUGAAAGUGCUACACACCCAACCAAACCCAACAUAACCUCAGCAUUUGGAGAACAUUACACGGACUAGGUGGCAAAGACUGGGGGCAGUCUGAUCAGUUGCCAUGAAAGAAUACAAACAAAACAACAAGCAUAAAAGACCUUUUUUUUUUUUUUUUUUUUAAAAAACAAAAAACAUUUCCUUUUCUAGACCAAGGUGUAUUUGUGAUGCCAAUGAAAGAAGGAUGGGGGGGUGGUGCAAGAAUUUUGGGGAUGUUUUUCUAUUACAGCUUGGGCGAAAAGGGUGAUGUGGUUGGGGUGGGCAGGGUUGAAGGGAAUGUGAAGUGUGGUUUGUGGGGGGAGAUCUGGGCGACAGACAGAAAUCAAUGUAUUUGUUUUUUUUGAACUUAUUUAUUGACAUGGUUAUAAUGUCAGCAGUUAUAUUAAUGUCUUUUGAUUGAUAACAACGUCAUAGGGGGCUUCUUUUUUCUUUUCUUCUUCAAAGAGGAACGUUCACACAUAGGACCACUUGAAUGUAAAAAACAAAAGGUUGCAUUUA